CAUCAGGAAAGGAAUAUCGCAUGGUACAUUCCUGCCGAGGCUCGGGCAAAAGCAAAUAUGCCCUACAUCACCAGAGAGCUCCGGUGCUGAUAAAUGGGGGUUCUCCCCUCGGCAUGGCCAUCUUCCUCGCCACCUUCUCCCCUGCUCUCUCUCUCCCACGGCGGUUGUCCACCAGGAGCUCAUACACGCCCCCAAGCGAGCGAGAGCGCCAUGGUGAUCUCGGUCCCCAGCCACCGGCGCUCCAUACGCGACGCCGUGCUCGGCGGGGGACGCCAGCUGUACACGCCCCUCCGCUGCGCCUUCUACGACGGCGCCGCCGCGGGAGGCGGGGUUCCCGGAGAAGGGCUCGCCGCCGUGCUCUCGGAAGCAGCUGGUAGCUGCUUGUCCCUCUCCGCCGGCAUCUCCGCCGUCGAUGGUGGUGGUGGCGGCGGAAGGAAGGCGGCGAAGAACGUGCUGAUCCUCAUGAGCGACACCGGCGGCGGCCACCGCGCUUCCGCCGAGGCUCUCCGCGACGCCUUCCGCCUCGAGUUCGGCGACGCGUACCAGGUGUUCGUGAGGGAUUUGGGGAAAGAGUACGGCGGCUGGCCGCUGAACGACAUGGAGCGGUCGUACAAGUUCAUGAUCCGCCACGUCCGCCUCUGGAAGGUGGCCUUCCAUGGCACCUCCCCGCGCUGGGUGCACGGCGUGUACCUCGCCGCCCUCGCCUACUACUACGCCAAUGAGGUGGUGGCCGGGAUCAUGAAGUACAAGCCGGACGUGAUCAUCAGCGUGCACCCGCUGAUGCAGCACAUCCCGCUGUGGGUGCUCAAGUGGCAGAGCCUGCAGCCCAAGGUCCCCUUCCUCACCGUCAUCACCGACCUCAACACCUGCCACCCGACAUGGUUCCACCACGGCGUGACACGGUGCUACUGCCCCUCGGCCGAGGUCGCGAAGAGGGCCCUGCUCCGGGGGCUCGAGCCGUCCCAAAUCCGUGUGUACGGGCUUCCGAUCAGGCCGUCCUUCUGCCGCGCGGUGCUUGACAAGGAUGAGCUGAGGGAAGAACUUGGCAUGCACCCUGAACUACCUGCUCUUCUACUGAUGGGAGGUGGAGAGGGGAUGGGUCCAGUGGAGGAGACUGCCAGGGCUCUCGGCGAAGAGCUUUACGACCACCGGAGGCGCCGGCCGGUCGGGCAGGUCGUGGUCAUAUGUGGCAGGAAUCAGGCGCUCCGGAACACCCUGCAGCGCCUGCCAUGGAAGGUUCCUGUCAAGAUUAGGGGGUUCGAAAAGCAGAUGGAGAAGUGGAUGGGUGCUUGCGACUGCAUCAUCACUAAGGCUGGUCCUGGUACAAUUGCAGAGGCCUUGAUAAGAGGACUUCCAAUUAUUCUCAAUGAUUUCAUCCCUGGACAGGAGGUUGGAAAUGUGCCUUAUGUCGUAGAUAAUGGUGCCGGUGUGUUCUGCAAGGACCCAAGGGAAGCCGCAAGACAAGUUUCCCAAUGGUUUAGCACAGACAUUGACGAGCUCAAGAGAUACUCCCGCAACGCGCUGAAGCUAGCAGAGCCAGAAGCUGUGUUCAACAUCGUGAGGGACAUCCACAAGCUCCAGCAGCAACCUGCUGCUGUAACCCGGAUCCCCUACUCCUUGACAUCAUCAUUCUCAUACCAUACAUGAAUCCAAAAGAACUGUUGCAGAACACACUCUGCAAAAGUGAAUACUUGAGACUGAUGUGUUAGCUGGAGGAACCUGUAUAUAUAGGAUUGCCGUUCUUGGGCUCUUGGGCCUUGGAGUUGCCCGUACCCCGUAUGUCCAUACAUAGCAAUGUAAUAGGAAGUGAAGUUAUUGUGUUGUCUGGGGUUUGUAAGAAGCUUGCAUGAGGGUGUUGUGGGGGAGAAAUCGAUAGAAAUGGCUAUUGGUGCCUCUUGUGA